AUGGCGACACCCACGAAGUUGCCUCCAGGCACAGCAGCGAUCAAGCCAGAGUACUUGCUCUCCGUCCAGCCCCGCGAUGCCCCCGACGACGACGCAGCCGAAGGCGGCACGAGCCACGUCGCCGCGCACGGACGGCCGGACGGCGCGAUCGAUGCGGGCGACGACGGCGGCGGGAAGCGGUUGUCGGGCGCGCAGCGCAAGAAGCUGGCCAAGGAGGAGCGCAAGAACAAGCGGGGCGCGAACAAAGGGCGGCGGUUCCAGAAGGUGCGCGACGACGUCGAGCUCUGCUUCCGCGUUGCGAGCGGCCAGCAGUGCGACUUUGGUGCAGAAUGUCGCUUCACGCACGACGUGUCAGCGUACCUCGCCGUCAAGCCCAGAGACAUACAUUUCCCCUCUUCAAGCGACCUCUCAAAUGAACCACCAUUCGUGCGCCUCCCAGAUGUUGACAUGGUUGAGAACGGGACCGCAACGUCUUCGCUUGAUACGACGACGACCUGCCCCGUCUUUCAACGCACAGGCGAGUGUAAACACGGCCUCAAGUGCCGUUUCCUCGGAAAUCAUGUCCGGAAGCUGGAGAACGGCGAGCUGGAGUUGAGGGUAGACGAAGAGAAGAGAGCGCAUGUCGCUGCUGCCGAACCGGAACAGAACUUCAUCGACAGCGAGACGUUGCGCAAAAUCAGGACAAAAAAGUACCCCCAUCCCAUCUCCGACGCAUAUCUGGAGGAACUGAAGAAUGCUGCGAACGAAGGAGAGAAGGGGAAUGGAGAAACACCCGCGACAGAAUCACAAGAUUCGUCAUCGACCCUCGUAGAAGCUACAGUUACAGAACCUCCCGCCGACGGAGUAACAGCCGUCGACCAUUCGCAAGAUGAUACGCCAGACGUUCCCGUGCGUUUCAUGGAGAAGAAGCGGUUACACUGGAAGGAGAAAACCUACUUGGCCCCCCUUACCACUGUUGGAAACUUGCCAUUCCGACGUCUAUGCGUUGACUAUGGUGCCGACAUAACCUGUGGCGAGAUGGGCCUGGCGAUGUCUUUCCUGCAGGCUUCAAAAGAAGAGUGGUCGCUUGUCCGUCGGCACCCUUCAGAAUCAAUGUUCGGCAUGCAAAUCGCAGGGAGCAAGCCUCAGCUGCUGGUUCCCGCCGCGGAGAUCAUCGGACGGGAAUGCACGGGCAGUCUAGACUUCGUCGACGUCAACUGCGGGUGUCCGAUAGACCUCGUGUACAAAACCGGAAGCGGAUCUGCGCUUCUCGACGCCGCCGGACGGCUGGGUAAGAUCCUCGUCGGGAUGAACAAGGCACUGGGCGAGAUCCCGGUGACGGUGAAGCUCCGGACGGGCGUGAAAGACGGUCGGAAUACCGCCCACAAGCUGAUGCCCCGUCUCAGCGGGGAGUGGGGAGCGGGUGCCAUCACGCUGCACGGCCGGACACGGCAGCAACGGUACACUAAGCUCGCGGACUGGGAUUAUGUGAAGCAGUGUGUCGAAGCCGUCCGUGCGCGAGAGGCAGACGAAGACCUGCCGCCGGUCCCCAUCUUCGGCGGCGGCGACUGCUUCUCAGCGGAAGACUACUGGCACAAGAUGGACAACUACGGCGUGGACGGGAUCAUGAUCGGCCGCGGCGCGCUCAUCAAGCCCUGGGUUUUCACCGAAAUCAAGGAGCGGCGGGAGUGGGACAUCAGUGCCCGGGAGCGGCUCGAGCUCGUGCGCAAGUACGCCGAGUAUGGGCUCAACCACUUCGGGUCCGACACGGCCGGGGUGAACACCACACGGCGGUACCUCUGCGAGGCGCUGUCGUUCCAGUACCGCUACGUCCCCAUCGGUCUCUUGGAGCGAAUGCCCCCCCGCAUCAACGAGCGCGCUCCCGCGUUCCGUGGCCGUGACGAGCUCGAAACACUGCUCGCGAGCGGCGAUAGUCGAGACUGGGUGCGGAUAUCCGAGAUGUUCCUCGGGCCCGCGCCCGAGUCGUGGGCGUUCACGCCGAAGCACAAAAGCAACUCGUUCGGGGAGGAGAGCCAGGGAUAG